UCGAUGACAGCAGAAAAGACGCGAACUCGGUGAGAUUAAUUGUUUGGGUUCAGCAUUUUCAGAGUGCUUGUGAAAAAUUGGUCUCAAAUCUUGAAAAUAAAACUUUAAAACUGGAUAAGAAGUAUCUUGCACGUAUAACUCCUGUCGCCAUCUUCAGAUUAACGGCAGUUUGCUUGUGUUCUAAACCGUAAAACACCAAAAAGGACGAACCGCAUUUUAGCUCGCUGUGCAACCUUGGCUUGUGUUUACGCUAAAGACAUACUGCCGAAGCGAUGGUACCAAUCGGGGGUCCUGUAGGACACGGUGGACAUCCGAUUCACAUACCGACUCCAAUACAAACUGCUCCUCCACCGUCACAAAGUCAGCAUGCACCAUCCAGUCAGAACCGGCAAUCACUAUCGGUGAAACCAAACUACACCCUCAAGUUCACCCUUGCCGGACAUACCAAGGCGGUGUCGGCGGUAAAGUUCAGUCCGAACGGUGAAUGGCUUGCAAGCUCCUGUACGUAUGCACCUACCGUACCUUCCUUCCUACCGGUCCUUCACACUAACAAAACUUCCCUCUUUACCUCCCUUUCCCUUGCAGCGGCCGACAAGUUGAUCAAAAUCUGGGGCGCCUACGACGGUAAGUUCGAGAAGACGAUCUCCGGCCACAAGCUCGGCAUCAGCGAUGUGGCGUGGUCGAGCGAUAGCCGUCUGCUCGUGACGGCCAGCGAUGACAAGACGCUGAAAAUCUGGGAGCUGAGCUCGGGCAAGUGUCUGAAAACGCUGAAGGGCCACACCAACUACGUGUUCUGCUGCAACUUCAACCCGCAGAGCAAUCUGAUCGUGUCGGGCAGCUUCGACGAGUCCGUGCGCAUCUGGGACGUGCGAACGGGCAAGUGUUUGAAGACGCUGCCCGCACACUCCGACCCCGUGUCGGCGGUUCACUUCAACCGGGACGGGUCGUUGAUCGUAUCGUCCAGCUACGAUGGGCUGUGCCGGAUCUGGGACACUGCCAGCGGCCAGUGUCUGAAGACGCUGAUCGACGAUGACAAUCCGCCGGUAUCGUUCGUGAAGUUCUCGCCGAACGGCAAGUACAUUUUGGCGGCAACGCUCGACAACACGCUUAAGCUGUGGGACUAUUCGAAGGGCAAGUGCCUGAAGACGUACACCGGCCAUCGGAACGAGAAGUACUGCAUCUUUGCCAACUUCUCCGUCACCGGUGGCAAGUGGAUCGUGUCGGGCAGUGAGGACCACAUGGUGUACAUCUGGAACCUGCAGAGCAAAGAGAUCGUGCAGACGCUGCAGGGCCACACGGAUACGGUCCUCUGUACGGCUUGCCAUCCGACGGAGAACAUCAUUGCCUCGGCUGCGCUCGAGAACGAUAAAACGAUAAAGCUUUGGAAGAGCGAUACGUAGAGUGGGAGACGAUAGAAGCGGAGUUAGUUGCGGUGCGAGGAGAACCUUCUUCACUAUCGUUUAAGGGUAAAUUCAUAAACCAGAACAGUAAGUAGACGGUAGGCGAUGCGGACAGUUGUAGCGAGGUAAGAAAGAUUCAGGAUGGUUUUAUAAGACUUCGACAUCUUGUGUAUAAUAAUAUACAAACUAAACGUGCAUGAUAAUGAUACAACAUAUAUAAGGAAA